UGAUUUUCAUCGAAGCGACGGACUGUGCAUCGAGAAGAGCAAGUGCGAGCUAGAAGCAACAAAUUUAUUUUUCCAUUACAUCCCCCGAGGGAACCAUCGAAAAUGUCCGCUCCGUCGGCCGCGGUAAUCGCCCACACACGCCGGGUUUGUUCGUUGUACAAAAAGUCCCUUCGGAAUCUGGAAAGUUGGUACGAUCGGAGACACAUCUUCCGCUACCAAGCUGUGUUGAUGCGGGAACGCUUCGAUAAGAACAAGAACGAAAAAGAUCCAGCCAAAAUCUCUAAGUUGGUUGCCGAUGGUGAGCGGGAACUGUUCGAAACACAGCACUUCCAGCCAAAGAAAUUCCCCAUGUCGCCCGGCGGUGUGGCCUUCGAGCGUGAGGUGAUUCCUCCAGACUGGGUGCUGGACUACUGGCACCCGCUGGAGAAGGCACAGUUCCCGGAAUAUUUUGCCCGUCGCGAGAAGCGAAAGGAGGAGUACGUUGUCUGGUGGGAGAAACAGUACGGUAAGGCAUCCGGGGCGGAUUCUUCGCACCACCACUGAUCCCAGCCAGUUAUGUCAUGUGUGGGAAAUAUUUUUCCUUUAAUUGCAAAUUGAAUCACCUAGCAAUAACGAAUGCUGGUCGGAUAAUAUAGAGGAACAACGUUGAUUUAGAGCUCCGAAGAAA